AUGGAAGAUCACAAAGAUAACGAUUCCAUCCUGCUGAAACACGGAUGGUGUGAAAUGCUUAAGGGAGGAGUAAUAAUGGACGUGAAGAAUGUAGAGCAGGCAAAAAUAGCAGAGGAAGCUGGCGCAAUCGGAGUAAUGGUCCUGGAGAACAUUCCCUCGGAGCUUCGCAGCAAAGAAAGUGUAGCGAGAAGUGUUGACCCAAGUAAAGUGGAGGAAAUAAAAAAAAGCGUUUCCAUUAAUGUACUAGCCAAAGUACGCAUAGGCCAUUUUGUAGAAGCGCAAAUAUUAGAAGAACUUAAAAUCGAUAUGAUUGAUGAAAGUGAAGUUUUAACAAUGGCUGAUGAGAAUAACCACAUCGAUAAGCAUAAAUUUAAGACACCUUUUGUAUGUGGAUGCACCAAUUUGGGGGAAGCUCUGCGAAGGAUUUCCGAAGGAGCUUCCAUGAUAAGGACCAAGGGAGAAGCAGGAACAGGAAAUAUAAUUCAAGCUAUAAAACACAUAAGGACAGUAAAGAACGAAAUUGACUACCUCUGUGCGUUAAGUGAAAACGAAGUUUAUAAUUAUGCCAAGAGGAUUAGUGCUCCUUUGGAUCUUCUUCUCCUCACAAGAAAGUUAAAGAAAUUACCCGUAGUAAAUUUUGCAGCUGGAGGAGUUGCCACCCCGGCAGAUGCCGCCAUGUGCAUGCAGCUAGGAAUGGACGGCGUCUUUGUAGGCUCUGGAAUUUUCGAAAGUGAGAAUCCGAAGAAAAUGGCUACCUCCAUUGUUGCCGCUGUUAGCAACUUUAACAACCCGAAGAUACUCCUAAAUGUCAGCCUCAACUUGGGCAAGGCCAUGUGCGGCAGCACCACCAUAUGUGAAAAGUGGAAGAACAAGAAUGAGGAGAUGUAUUAG